AAAAACAAAAAAGUCUGAUUCUCGGAGACCAGUAGCACCUUGUUCUUCUUCGUCGAAUCAGUUUUUCGUCUCUACGGCGAGAAUCUGAUACUGCGUAGAUUCCCUUCCCCGACGUAUAAUAAUAAUAAUAAUAAUAACGCAUGGAGUCGCUAGCUCUGACUUCUCCUCCCGGCGUUAAGGUUCCGUCGUACCUUGCCUCCUCGUCUUCGUCUCUCUUCUCCCGCUCCUCGAUUUCCAAUUCGGCGAAAUGCAAUUUGCCGAAAGCACUGAAUCUUGGCAACGGGACGACACUUCCAAAGUACUUUGAUUCUUCUUCCCGGUUGGAGAAACCAGUGAGUACUAGUAGAGCCAACACAAAGCUCAAGCUCUUCUCUGGUACUGCAAAUCCAGCCCUUUCUCAGGAAAUUGCUUGGUCUAUGGGCUUGGAGCUUGGCAAGAUUAGCAUCAAGAGGUUUGCUGAUGGGGAGGUCUACGUUCAGCUCAAAGAGAGUGUUAGAGGCUGCGAUGUCUUCUUGGUGCAGCCUACUUGCACUCCAACUAAUGAGAAUCUCAUGGAGCUUUUGAUCUUGGUCGAUGCUUGCCGUAGAGCUUCCGCUAAGAAAGUUACUGCUGUGAUUCCCUACUUUGGAUACGCAAGAGCUGAUAGAAAGACACAAGGGCGUGAAUCCAUUGCUGCCAAACUGGUUGCAAACCUUAUAACGGAGGCAGGUGCGGAUCGGGUUCUUGCGUGUGAUCUUCAUUCAGGACAGUCCAUGGGUUAUUUUGACAUACCUGUGGAUCAUGUCUAUUGCCAGCCUGUGAUACUAGAUUAUCUUGGUAGCAAGUCAAUUUCAUCAAAGGAUUUGGUAGUGGUUUCUCCUGAUGUUGGUGGAGUUGCUAGGGCACGUGCUUUUGCCAAGAAAUUAUCCGAUGCUCCCCUUGCCAUUGUUGAUAAAAGACGUCACGGCCACAAUGUUGCUGAGGUCAUGAACCUAAUAGGUGAUGUUAAAGGCAAAGUGGCAGUAAUGGUGGAUGACAUGAUUGAUACCGCUGGAACCAUUGUGAAAGGAGCAGCUCUUUUGCAUGAGGAGGGUGCUCGUGAGGUUUACGCUUGCUGCACGCACGCGGUUUUCAGUCCGCCUGCGAUAGAGCGGCUAUCGAGCGGUUUGCUGCAAGAAGUGAUAGUGACGAAUACAUUACCAGUAGCGGAGAAGAAUUACUUCCCGCAGCUAACGAUAUUGUCGGUUGCUAAUCUUCUGGGUGAGACCAUUUGGCGUGUCCAUGAUGAUAGCUCCGUUAGUAGCAUUUUUCUAUGAUGCUUCCUUGGUGUUUAAGGUUUUAGGAUGGGGUUCUUUCGUCUAUUCACAGUUUCUACUGCCUAAGUAUGUUUUGAUUGUCUCUCUACCCCCUAACCAAACUUUUGUCACUUGUCUCAGUUGUACCUUUUUAUUUUCAUUUAUUAGCUUAGAAAUUAUCAAUAAGUAUAACAAAUGGUGGAGUUUUGAUUAAAGAUUCCGCACUUGGUACACAAUUUAUAUUGAGAAAGAGUUGUCACUAACAUGUAAUCUCUAAUAUCCUGCCAUGGUUGUUAGCCUUUUCAACUCUGGAAGAUGCAGAAAAAUCGGA